AUUCAAACUUCCCCUCUCAUUACAAUCUUGCAUAAAACCACCUCCUCACUCAAUCACAUUCUUGUUUCGCUCCUCUCUCUCUCUCUUUCUCUCCAAAAACCAUAAUUCCUUGCUUCUAUACAUCAAUAUAGUCCAAAUUAAAAAAAAUGGCACAACCAAUUGAUGCAUAUCCAAAUCCAGAGAUGACUGAUCAAGCAAGCCCUUCGCCGUCCAACGGCUCGUUCGGGCCAGUUUUCGCGGUGUUGGCUGUGAUCGUGGUGAUAUCGGCGGUGGCGUGCGUGCUGGGGCGGCUGUGCAGCAAGCGGAGCCACCACACGAAGAAGAAGAAGGCGGAGCACGACCACCCGGCCAAGGCGAGCAAGGGGCUCCCUAAAGAAUGGGAGUCUAAGCAGAAACCCUUGGAUAUCGAAUUCGGGUUUGAUAAGAAAAUGCCGCCCAAGAAUGGAGGAGGGAAGCCGAAGCAGCCGCAUCAAAAUGGAGGACAUAAUAAACCAGUAGAUAUCAGAUUUUCAAACAAUGUUUAAAUUUUAAUUGUGAUUGCAUGCGCAUGGGCAGGGGAGGGAGGGGGUAUACUUGGUGGUAGUACUACUAUUAUAGUAGUAGUAGACUAGUAGUAGAAGUGCUGGUAUUAUUUUGGAUUUCAAUUUGAUGUCAAAAUCUCAUGGUUAAGUUCUGGCUUAAUUAGUUUUCCAGUGUUUUUGUGCAAGUUGUGGAAGAAUGGUCAAAGUGUAAUGACUUUAUAUGAAGGGUUUCAAGGAAUUACGGAGUAA